GUUCACAGUGUGGGUCAGUCUAGUUCAGACUCACAGAAGCUGCUGUGUUCUGCGACAGGAUUCGACCCAAAAAUCAAGUGGCUUUCAAAAUCUAAGGAGAAAACUGGCAGAGCUUUAGACGCUACAAUGAUGGAAGAUGGACGUGUGAAAGUGUACCGUGAGAUACUGGUGCCACAGCAAGAGUGGAACGAAGGGGUCUCUUACACCUGUCAAACUGAUAACAGACACAGUGGGAAAACUGCUGAGAAAAGCACCAGUAUUUGUACAGUGAUUGCACCUUCCAGUAAGCAGGCAGAGGUCUACUUGCUGGGUCCAUCCCACAGUGAUGUAAGAUCUGGCACCUCUGUGAUUUUGACAUGUUUGGUUGUUGGUCAGAGUGUCAGGUUAUUCUGCAUCCAAUGGAAAGUGAAUGGUAAACUUCUCAACCAUGAUGUCUAUGAACAAGAGCCUAAAGAACAUAACAACGGGACUCAAAGCAGAGAAAAAAUUAUGAGGGUUUCAGUUACAGAAUGGAAUACAUAUGCUGUCUUUACCUGUGAGGUUACGCAUUUGUGCUCUAAUGAUAGACAGCAGCAGAACAUCUCAAAAACCCGAGACCCCAAAAGACCCACUGUGAGAAUCCUCAGACCCUCAGACGGUGAUCUCUCUGGACUCCAAAACACCAACCUUCUUUGCUUGAUCACUGGUUUCUUCCCAUCUGAUAUCUCUGUGCAGUGGCAUCUAAAUGAGACGCAACUAGAUGCAUCUCAGUUUACUAACAGUCCUGUGGUUGCUCACACUUCAGGAGGUUUUGCAAUGCAUAGUGCCCUUACGCUGCCUGCAUCAGAGUGGAAGGAUGGCAUGUUCUCGUGUGUUGUUUCUCAUGAGUCAUCCCAAAGUCCAAUCAUCGGCACUUUAGAGAACUUGUAUGCCUCAUUGAUUCACUCUGCUCCAUCUGCAAAUCUGCUGCAGGGAGUUAGUGAGCUGGUGUGCCUGGCAUUUGGUUUCAGCCCACCUGCCAUCAGCAUCACCUGGUGGCUGGGUAAGACUGAGGUGUCAGCCCACAGGGUCACCAAACCCGCAAAAGGCCCUGAUGGAAAAUUUAGCAUCCGAAGUCAACUGGAUCUCCAACCUUCAGAUUGGGCACCUGGUGAGGUGUACACAUGCAGAGUCACUCAUGUUGCUGAUACCUUGGUGCUUAACAUUUCAAUGAAAAUAGCAUUAUUUGAGGAGGCUAUAUUUAUGAACGAGAACAAACCUGAAGCUAUUGCACAGGAUACAGUUGAAGAGGCCUGGAAUAUGGCCUGUGCCUUCCUCACCCUCUUCCUCCUCUCUCUUCUCUAUGGGUGCACAGUGACUUUGGUCAAAGUCAAGCCUACAUAAGCAAUAUUUUGUGAGUGUGUGGGCUU